AUGCUGCUUUGGGCCAUCUUGGCAUGUGCGGUGCCAGCCUUCGGCGCCACGCCUCGGCAGGUUCAGGUGCUUGCUGACGGAUCUGUGCACAUCUUCGCUCAUGGUCACCUUUGGCCGGCUGCCAGUCUUCUCCGGCGCCACACAGUAGCUGAGCUGUCAGGCUUGGUCCGCUCGACGCAAUCCCCUACCGCGGCAGCCGCGAACGUCAGUGGCGGUCUUGCGAGUGAGCUUGCCAACGUCACGAACUCGCUUGACCAUCUUCAAGGAGAUGUCUCGUCGGCGGAAGUCAUGCGUGUGAAGCUAGAUGGGCAUGGCGAUACUUUAGAGAUUGUGAGCACGAUCAUAUUUACCAGCACUGUCUGUGUGUGGUUCGUGAUCGCAUUUAAGAUCUUGAGCUGGCUUUACCCGACGCUGUACUCUCAAAGAGAGCUGGAGCAGCGAGGCUUCUGCAGCAGCGAAGGCGUCGGAUUUGCAGAAGCGAUUGCAGAUGUGACAUCCUUGUGGCAUCAGCUGUCAGUUGCAAUAUUCCUCAAGGAGGAGGAUGUUCUGGAGGUUCAGGGUCUAGACGCAUGGAUGCACUUGCAAUUCCAAUGGCUUUCUUUGCGAAUCAUUGUGUCGCUAUGCCUGGUUCCUGUCGUUGUUUGCCCAUUGCACUGGACAUAUGUCCAGCCACACAGCUCCGAGCUCUUCUCUCGAUUCAACUUGGCAGUCAGCGAAGACCGCUACUUUGUGUUGUGGAUCCACGUUGCUGUGGUUUGGAUCGUGGUCGUGCUCACGACACGACAUCUGCACCUGGCCAUGAAGCAGUUUGUUCCUGCUCGUUACCGCUGGCUCGGCGCUAUGGAUUUCCCGCAGUCCACCACAGUCUUGGUGCAGGGCAUGCCGGAGUCUAUGUCUUCAGACGCGCGCCUGCAGUCCUAUUUUGCUGGCCUCUUUGGCGACAACGCCGUUGUUCGCUGCUACGUUGUCCGCAACACGCGGCUGCUGCAGCGCAAGCUCGAAAGGCUUCGCAAAGCUGAGCGAGAGCUUGCGAAGGCUAUUCUGAGGAGCCAGGCAGAAGGCUAUGCAGAUCCCGCCUCUUCAGAAUUGGUCCAGUUCCGGCGGGAGUCAGUGGCUGACAUCAAGGAAGAAGUGGCUGCCGAGCGAGUUCGCCUGGGCCGGCUGAGCCACGCACUGGAUCCAGAUGUUUGCACAAGCACUGGUUUCGUGACGUUUCGGACGCGGCUGGACAUGAGACUUGCAGCCCGGGAACAGCUGGGGACAGACGCAUUUGCACUUGUUCUGCAACAGGCGCCAUCGCCCAUGGACGUGUCCUACGAUGCACUGAUCCUUCGCCCAAGCUUCGCUCUCCAGCGGCUGGGCGCGCUCAGCACUUUUGGCAUCUUCCUGGCUUUCGUUCCAGCAGUUGUCUUCGUUUCAACACUGUUGAAUUUGAACUCAUGGCAGCAGAUCUUUCCAGCCAUCGGCAGGUUGAGGCACUCUGUCCCCAUUGUCAUGGAGAUGCUGGAAGGUGUGCUGGCAACGCUCAGUCUGAAGCUCAUGUUGAGCUUCAUCCCCGCAGUUCUGCUGAGAAUCGUCAGGGCCUUCUCCAAACCAGUGUCAAACUCAUCCGCGCAGCUCCAGCUCCAACGCACGUACUUUGCCUUUCUGGUUGUCUUUGUGCUGCUGGUGACUUCGUUUGCGCAGGGCCUCAUCACCACCCUUCUCUUCGUGGCGCAGCAGCCGACGGCGAUUGUGCCACUGUUGGCGAAAUCACUCCCGCUGACAUCUCGGUUCUAUGUGAAUUAUUUGGUGCUUGGGUGGGGUUCGUGCAUGUGCGAGUUGCUGCGGCCGGCUCCGCUGGUCUUGUUCUUGAGCUUGCGGGAGUUCAUGGGACAGGAUGAGGCCAGGAUACGUGCAGAGGAGGAUUCAGUGCUCAUGGGUACCCGGGUGGCACGAUCGACGUUCAUGCUGGUCAUUGUGUUGGUCUUCUGUUCUAUCUGUCCUCUUGUUCUACCUGUUGCGUUUGCGUACUUCCUGGUUGAGCGCUAG